GACAGUUUUCUAGCUUGUUCUAGAAAAGGUUUAUUUUCAUUAUUGAAAAUUUAGAUAAUCCAAAAUGGAAUGUGGGUAUCAAGUAAAUGUGAACAAGAUGCUUGUAAAUAUGCUUCAGGAACUUCACUCAUAUCGAACAUGGCGGCAGGAAAAGACAAGGUGCUUCCAAGUUUUUGGGUUCCUUUCAAAACGUCUAGAAAAAUAAAACAUAGAAAAACCUAAAUAUCUUUACCAUAAUCAACUGUAUGAAUUUACUCAUAUUCAUAUCAUAUCAAGGACCCGUUAAUUUACUGUUUCAUAUCUCAGAAGCCUUUCAAAGCCAAGGAUUUAAUUGAUGUCAAAUUUACCCUCAUAUCCUGAUAACAAGAAAUCCAUAUACACGAGAGAAAAUAGAUACAUGUAUGCUGUCACCCACGACAUUUUGAGCAGUUCUGUUCCCUGCGCUGUUCUGAUACCAAUAGGUGACGCUACUAUGGAAUAUGUCAGGAAGAUCAUCAAAAAGGAUUACAUCCACCGGCUGAUGAAUAAAAAAAUAUCCAAGAAAGACAUCAUCAUAUUUCAGAGGGGAGGAACAGAGUAUGCACCUACGAAUGACAAGUUGAGCGGGAAACAAGCUAGGCCUGCUCUUCAAGCUUGAAAACUCUGAACUUUUUAUUUAUUCCCACUUGCUAUUUGUUCUUAAAUGUUUUGAAAUUUGUUCAAUAAAAACCACCUUCAGUUU